GCCCGCCCCGGCGGCGCCUCGAAGAGGAGAACUUGGCCGUCGUUUUGCCCAGGGACCGCCGACCCUACGCCUGGGAGCUCGCCAGGCUUAAGUAGCCAAAGAUGAAUCGUGGAUUUUCAGAAAACAAUAACUUCCCAUAUGACAACAAUCAAAUGGUUUUGGAUAUGAUCCUGUGUUCACUAAUUGGUGUUCCUCAGCCUAUCAACUGGGACAGCGUGGCAAGGCUAGUUCCAGGUUAUACAUCCAAAGAGUGUGCAAAAAGGUUUGAUGAACUAAAAAGCAGUGGAAGUUCACCUGUUGACAACCAGUAUACUCCCCUGAUGGCCUCUGGUGGAAGUCCCGUGGAAACUUUAGCUACGUACAUCAAAUCCUCCUUGCUUGAUACACAGACAGAGUUUCAGGAGCCUGCUGUUGGUCAGGAUUCCAUUACUAUAACAGGAAGGCCCAGCACAACCUCUGCAAGGAAUUGUUCUUCGGAAUCUGAGAAAGGUGCUGUCCAUGAAGGUGGAGAAAACACUGACGAAAGCCAGGGGCCAAAUAUGGUGAUCCAUGUGUGUGAUGAAGCUAAAAACCUCAAAGAAGAUUUUAUUUGUCCUCGAGACCUUUUGAUUUCAGAAAUGAAAUAUUUUGCUGAAUAUCUGUCCGUGGAUGCCCAGCGCUGGGAAGAGGUGGACAUAUCAGUGCACUGUGACGUUCACAUCUUCGACUGGCUGAUGAGAUAUGUUAAAAGGAAUGCUAAAGAUUCUGAAGCUAAUGAAAUGCCCACUUUAGAACCAUCAAAUGUCAUAUCUAUUCUUAUUUCUUCCGAGUUCUUGAAGAUGGAUUCAUUAGUAGAAAAAUGUAUUCAUUAUUGCCACAAAAAUAUGAAUGCUAUUGUAGCCACGCCAUGUAACAUGAAUUGUAUCAAUGCUAACCUGGUCACAGACAUUGCUGAUCUCUUCACACAUAAUGAAGUGGAAGAAUUGAAGGACAAAAGAGACAAAUUUAAGAGUAAACUUUUCUGCAAGAAGAUUGAGAGGCUCUUUGAUCCGGAGUACCUAAAUCCAGAUUCUCGAGGAAAUGCAGCAACGUUAUACAGAUGUUGUUUAUGUAAAAAGCUGCUAACUAAGGAAACUGAAAGAAGAAUUCCUUGCAUACCAGGAAAAAUCAACAUUGAUCAACACGGGAAUAUUGUCUAUGUUCAUAUAAGAGACAAAACCUGGGAAGUCCACGAGUACUUAAUUAGCCUUCAUGAAGAACUGAAAUCCUGGCGGGAUGUUUAUUGGCGUCUUUGGGGGACUGUCAAUUGGUUGGCAUGCUCAAGAUGUAACCAAUCUUUCCUGUGUACUGAAUUCUCCCAUUGCCAGUACCAUUCACAGCCAGUUCUGUAUCCAGGUGUUGGAAGUGCUGUGGGCUCAAGUGGAACAGGAGUAUAUCCCUGUUGUAACCAAAAAGUACUUCGAUUUGAUCCUACAACGCUCCCAAAGGGCUGCAAAGUGAGGGACCAUAUGGUUGAAUUACCUUCAGAAGAUGAAGACAGGGAUACUUUGCCAUCUCAAACUACUAAAAUAUUGAAUGAUCUGCUCCAUCAUAGAGAUGUUAUUGUUGUUCCUUUCACUAAGGAUGAGAAUAGUGAUUCUGGUAUUGGGCUCUGUGAAGAAAAAGGCAUUGAAUGUGAUGUGCUUGUAGAACCAAAUACACCAUGGGGUCCCAGAACUGGAGAAAUCAAUGCUUUUCUUUCUCUGAAGAACUGGACUUUACAGCUGAAACAGCAGUCAUUGUUAUCUGAGGAAGAGGAGUAUACCACAGGCUCAGAAGUCACCGAGGAUGAAGUGGGGGAUGAAGAAGAAGUAUGCAGGAAACCAGCAGGGAGAAAGGAGAAAUUAAAGAAAUCCUACAAGCACCCGAAGAAAUUGGUUUCUUCACCUAGUGUUCAGAAAAAGGAGAAGCCAUCUGACAAGUCAAGUUCCCGAGAUGCAUCUCCAUUCAUUGUGAGUAUGCAGCAGAACAAAUGGGAUGCCUCCAGGUCACUAAGAUUCAACCAAGAUGCUCAAAGAGAAGAUGAUCAGAGAAGAAUGUCUGAGAUUACAGGGCACUUAAUAAAAAUGAGGCUGGGAGACCUUGAUCGAGUCAGGUCAAAAGACAGCAAAGAAUAUGCAGGAGGCAUUUAUUCUAGACUUGAAGCUCAGAUAAAGGCCUCAGCACAGGUCAGUGCAAGACAAAACAAUGCUGAAAAGAAUGUCAGGUCAAAAUCCCGUUUUGGUCAAGGCCGUCCAACAUAAGGACUCAUGAAAAAAAUGUAACCAGAAUUCAUUACUGCUUCCUGAAAACAGUACUGCACUCUAAUGUAUGGAGAAUGCACAUCUCUGAAAGCUUUCCAGUGACUUAUUUAUUACUUU